AUGUUGUUAUGGUUGAAGAAUGUGACAGACCUGGGACAUUCGCGGGGCAAGAGAGGCCUCGCUGACCUCUUUGACCCGAUCCUGUUCAAACUCCAGUCCCCUGCUUGCGACUGGAAGAAAAUCAUCGGUUCGGAAGACAUAGGAGCGUCAUUUGGUCUCAUCAUAAAGAACGGUCUGGACUUGAACAUUGCGCCCCUGAGUGGUCACCUGAUAGUGGACGUUCACGACGAGGUUUUCGCACGCGUGCAUCUCGGCAUCCUGAACAUCAACCUGGACAUUGUUGUCAUUCGGAUGUGUUUCAAGGGCCACACUGAAUACAGUUUCAACCUGCUUCAGGAAUUUGACAUCAACAGUAUCACAGAUCUCACCACGAAGUUUGACAAUAUCAUCACCAAAAUCUUCGACAACAUCAACCGAGGUGUGUCCACCUUGCAACAGAUCAUAGCGGGCGAUAUAGACUUCAUACAGAUGUUUGAGGACCUAAAGGACGCGGUCGAAGAUCUCCCCAACAAGGUUUGGGAUAUUGGCGAAGCCGUCAAAUUUGCCAUGAGAAUCAUGGGAAAAUAUGCGGUGGAGGACUGGCCGGUGCACCUGCAGCCAUUGGUCAGGGCAGUAUACGGGGUUGUCAACAAGAUCAACAAAAUCAGGACUGAUGUCUUAACAUUCUAUGACCUCCUGACACAAACAGUGACCGUUGAUCUACCCUGGGCAGCCGAUCAGAUAUGGGAAUCCAUCGUAGUGAUAGUGGAGAACCUUGAUGACGUCUUCACCAACCCUAAAGGCGCAUUGGCAGACAUCUUCAAAGCCGUCUUCAGGUUGCAGCAGGCAGUUGCCAAGAUACUGGAAAACAAGAGAAAGAUGGAAAACAUUGUUUACCCUGGUGGUCAUUUUCCGGACUGGUUCUACCCGCGGGCGAUGGUGGAGGAAGCACGGGAUAACCUGACCAAUGGAUAUGCGGCCACUAAGACUGCUACAAGUGCCUGGCUAGUGCAGUCAAAGAAGGACCCCAUCCGAGCAUACACAGGCAUCAAAGAAUCAAAACUGAGAAAGAUCAUGGAGACUGAGCUGGAAAGUGUCAUCACCAAGCUGAAGGAGCCGCUUGAACCACUGUUGACUCUCGCUGACCAGUUUCUCACCGUCUACAACAGUGGCAUGAAUAUCAUCAAUGCUGUCAAGGAAGGAUACACCCUGCUGAAUGAACAAUACCUGAAGGUGAUGGGCAUGUACCAGAGUCUGUUUGGUGCCAGGGCUCACGUGAAGUUCAAGAGGAAGAUGAACCUAGAGAGGGGUGGUGGUUGCCCUGGUGGUUUCUUUCCAACCACUCAUAACGGAAAGUACGGUGACCGGAAGGGCGUUGACCUCGAAGCCGCUGUGGGCGAUAAGGUGUAUUCCCCAUUUACAGGAACUUUGGAAAGGAUAAGCAGCACAGCAGUGCGCAUCAACUGCACAGGAGCUUCCGUAGCUGGGCUGACGGCCUAUGUGGAGAACAUUCAGCUGAAGUCUGAUGUCUUUGCAGACAUCACUGCCAAAACAGCAGAGGUGACUGGAGGUCAAGACAUAGGAACAGUGGUGACUUCAGGAUGUAACAACCACAUCCACUUUGCCAUCAAGAAAGGCACAGGCUACCUGGACCCUACCAAGUUCCUGGAGCCAAGGGGGAUCCAGAUACCAACCUGGGUACAAGACUGUGAUGACUACAAGCUGGUCUGGAAGCUGAAGACCAUUGCAGCAGGAUCAGUGGUGGGCCUGGCAGGAAAACAGCAGAAGGACACGACUCCGGGGAGAACCGCCACCAAACCAGACACCUCCAACCUGAAGGGGAAGAUGUCCUCACGGAGGGGCAGGAGGAAACGGUCUGCCAUCAACACCAACGCAGCAACGGCCAGCAAGUACGGUUUCCCAGCAGUCAAUGCUUCAGGUCCCUCCAGCCUCUUUAAUAUCAACAACCUGAAGGUCGGACACGUGUUGGACUUCCUGGAUGAGCUGGGCAUGACUGAGAGCAAGGCCAGCCUGCAGCAAGUGGCUGAUGACCUGAAGGCACUUCUGGAUUCGAAACCCUGCGAGCGCCCGGAGUCGAUGACCGAGGCACAGCUGAGGAUGGAGCUGCAGCUCCGAGGACAGAACAGCACGGGCAGCCGACCGAUACUCGUAGAGAAGAUGAGGAAGUCUGAUGUGGAUAUGUGUCCUUUCCUGACAUUGUCAGUGCCCAGUAAUGUCUAUUGUAAGUUCUCGGACCUGUGUCUGGGACUGACAUGCUGUGUGGAUAUGAAGAUGUGGAAGUUCCGUAAGUCCAUCAAAGCCUACGCUGUCUUCAACAUCACUGACUUCACGUUCUACAUGGGGAUAGAGACAGCAGGGGUCGAACCCUUCAGAUAUCAGUACAAGGUGGCUGACGCAUUCUGGGGUAUACAAAAAGAGAUAGCCACUCCGUUAACAAUUGACUUCACUGGUGAGGACCCAAUGAACCUGAAAAUGAGGUUUAUGCUUGAGUACAAGGAACCAUCACACUUCUUCCUGACGUUCAGCGUGGGUCUGUGUGGUGAGAAGUGCUUGGACUUUAUCCAUCUGUUAAAACGUGCGCCCAUCCCGGUACCGAAGAGAGGACCAAACGGGGAGUUGGUCAUGCCGGAACUGGACAUAACGGCCAUAGCUCAGACCGUGGUCAAGACGGCGAUGUCAGAUAUCACCCAUAUGGCUCUAGUGGCCCUGGGGCUUCCAAGUGACCUGUUGGACGGAUCCAAGACCUGCAUGUUUCCCCAUCGGCUCACAGUGGGCCAGCUGACCGCUGAACUGAAGAACAGGUCACUACCAACCACAGGGAACCAAAACGCACUUGUACAGAGGUUAAAGGAUUCAGACUCAACCUGUGACUAUGGUGCCACUCUCCCAGCAUUACCGACAAGGCUGAACAACAGUGUGCACUGCAAAAUGGACCACACAUGCCUUGGUAUCAGUUGCUGCAUGAUGCUCAACAUCAAGAGACUGAACUUCACCAGAGCCUUCAAUGCAUGGCUGCGACUCGAUGCCUGCAACUUUCAGUUCAUCGUAGGUUUCGAGACACUUGAGCACAGAAAGCUACUCUUCACUUACCCAUGGGGAAUACCGCAAGACAUCAAACUCACAGAAGGCGUCUACAUGAUUCUCACAAUCAACAAAACGGCAACAGAUUUCAUCGUGGACUUUGGCGUGAGAAUUUGUGAGCCGCAUGAGUGCAUCAUUGAGGGCAACUUCAUCCGACACCUGGUGGUGCCCAUCCCCAUCUGCAACAAGAUAAGAUUUGAUGCUGCAUCAAUUGACCGGUUCAUCCAACAAGCAGGAUCAAACAUGGCUUCAGGACUUGUGGAUCUCAUCGUUGAAAAUGCAGGACUUCAAGACAUCUUCUACCCAGCUGGGUACGUCGUUGCUCUUCCCAAAAGGACUCUGCCAGGUAACUGUUCCCUGGCCCCCAGCUUCGACUGGCUGCCUAAGGGUUUCAGCUGCCAGGUCAACGCCUUCUGCCUGGGGAUAGACUGUAUCAUGAACAUGAACCUGAUGAACUACACCAAUGUCGCAUCCUUGGCCUAUGUCAAUCUGGAUUUCUGUAACUACACCUUCAACAUUGGACUUGGGAACUGGAGCUAUCAUCUGGCCCUGUUCACCUAUCCCUGGGGAAAAGUGCAGGAAAAGAUCCUGGGAGAGGAUGCCUUCCACUUGCACUAUUCCAUUGCCAAGAAUGAUGUGAAGAAAGUGUUUGUGGUGAACUUCAAUGUGACACUCUGUAUCGAAGGGAGGUGCUCCGACAGCAACCCUCUGAUGAGGAACAUGGAGAUCCCACAGCCUUUCUGUAACACCAAUCUGUCCGCAACCAUAUCAAAUGUGUCUGUAAGUGGACUACAGCAUUACGUCGAGCAGCAGGGAUAUGUGGUGGGCCAAGUUCUGGCUGAGACCAGUAAAAACGCCCUUCUACAGAUCCUGGGGAUAGACGACCUUGUGGAGGAUCGCACCUGUCCCCGACCAGUGGUACUGCAGAGUGGGUGGUCAGGACUCGACAGAUGUACGGACAUGAAUGCCCCAACGUUGCCCAACAACAUGACCUGCACCGUCCAGUCCAACUGUCUGGGCCUGACCUGCUGUAUGGACGUCAACCUGAAACUGGUCAACAUCACCCUGAAGGCUUCCGCUGUGCUGGACAUGUGUAACUACACUCUGUCUCUAACACUGGGGAAGAGGGUCAUCAACAAGGUGUUAUUUGUCUACAACUGGGGAACUAGAGAAGAAAUUCCCAUUGGUGAUGCAUUCAAGAUCUAUUACUACAUCAAGAAAAAUGAUGCAGAGAAGAAGUUCCUUGUAACCGUGGAGAUAGCGCUGAUCAUUGACGGUGAUGUGGAGGCUGUGUACACACUUCUGAAGGACAGCAAGAUCCCACAGCUCCUCUGUGAUCCUCAGGCUACUCUGGCCUUCAUCGAUGGUGCGAGGUCAGUUGCUGGCUAUCUAGAAGCCCUGAACAUCUCUGAGGCCACCCAGGUGACCAGUACAGCCAUCUCUGGACUCCUGAGUUACAAUGGGAUCAGUGAUGUGUUCGACCUGGCCACAAGCUACCUGCCUCCCAUCAGCUCUGUCGUGUUCAUGGGUUGGAUAGAUGUCCCACUAGAUGCCUGUCCUGAUGUGACCUGGCCAGAGCUGGCUACAGGUGUGGUAUGUGAGGUGACCAGCAGCACCUGCACAGGUGUCACCUGUUACAGGGAGUUUGACCUGAGCCUGGAGUCCUUCGAAUCAAAGACGUGGAUGGACUUCGACCCAUGCGACUACCAACUGACCAUUGGGCUGGGUUUAAAAACUGUCAGAUACUCCGUGCUACCUUCAAACACCUGGAAUUAUACCUGGGGUGAAGUUAAGACCGUCAAGUUUGGGACUGUCUUCAACAUGACCUUUGCAAUUGGCAAGGAAGGAGACGACUUUGUCUUCGACUUCUCCUUGAGAUACUGCCAGGAUGUCGGACACUGCACCAACACCACCUUCUUGAAGAAAACAAAAGUUCCUCAACCCGCCUGUUACAAACAAGAUGUGUGGACGCCAACUUCAGGAUCUGUGAGCACGGCCAUCACCCAGAUGAAGCAGGCUGCUGUGAUGUCCCCUGUGCUGCCAGGUGUGUUUGUGGAGGCAGCAGACAGAGCCAUGGGAGUGGUGCAGGUGUUCACUGGAGCUACAGACUGUACGGGCAGCACCAGUGGGUGGACUGGGGCAAACAAUUGCCCAGCUGCCCUGUUGCCCACCCUCCCAACUGGAGUGGGCUGUACUGCCAGUGAUGGCUGCUACCAUGUGACCUGCUGUAUGACCCUUGACCUCUGCUCCAUCAGACAGGUCAAGCCAAAUUUCCAUGUGAACUUUGACCCCUGUACCUACAUCCUGUCUGUGGGGAUGGGAACAUGGACCUCUGAGUUCAACUUGUACCAGUACACUUGGGGUGAAACGGAGACCAUCUCCAUUGGCUCAAUCCUUUCCUUCAGCUACAGUAUCCAGAAGCUGGACAGUGAAGAUGUUUUCCAGAUCAGCUCCUCCUUCAGACUGUCCUGUGGGACCAGUACGGCCACAAACAUCCCGGUCAUGCACAACACUAAGGUGCCGUACAAGACUGACUGUGGAGCUGUCGACAUUCCAGACACAGUUGAUGCCUUCCUGGCCCUACAGGGAGGUCAGGUAGGGAAUGCUGGACAGGACUACGUGAUGAGAGGCCUGGGAUUGGCUGACACCUUUGCUGGUCACAGCUGUAGUCACCAAUCAUCAACCAGUGGUGCAUGGCAUGGGCUAGAUGCUUGCCCAAGCACAUUCCAGCCACCAACCUUGCCCAGCACUGUGGACUGCACACUUGAUAGCCUUUGCAUGGGGAUGAGCUGUUGCAGUGACUUUGACCUUAAGGUUGGCACAUUCAGGACCACUGCAGCUCUGAACUUUGACCCCUGUAAGUUAACUCUGUCAGCCAGAAUCGGUGGUACAGAGUUUACAGGUCUGGAUCUCUACACUUACACCUGGGGCACUGAAGAGACACUGAGUGUUGGCUUGAAUGAUGAGCUGCGCCUCACAUACACCAUCAGCCAUGACAAGCCAGCCAAGACAUAUUACCUCAGCUUCUCAGUGACUACAUGUGUGGACACCUGCACUACACCAGUGGUCAUCCUGUCACACGUGGGCAUCCCUGAACCUGCAUGUGUUCAGGAGAUGCCUGUUCUCCCAGGAGCUGGCACCAUCCAGGAUUUGGUCACACAGUACAGUGACAGUCUGGGUGACGCAGCCCUCCAGCCUGCCUACAGAUACUGGGGUCUGCCUGACGACUUCAACCCUCAGGACACCUGCAUGGUCCCCUCAAUGUCACCUUCAUGUGACCUUGACCUCAGCACCUUGAACCUCCCCGACACGUACCAGUAUUCACUCCACGACUCCUGUACCGGGAUUGAAACCUGCGUGGAAUGUGACCUUCAGGUUCAAACGAGGUCAUCCAAGGUGGCUGUGAGCUUUGACCCCUGUGACAUGACCUUGACCCUGACCCUACACAGUUUGAGCCACACGGUCAGGCUGUACGACUUUGAAUGGGAAGUGGAGCAAGUCUGGGAGAUUGGCAGUCUGUACCAGCUCAAAUACACUCUGUGGAAUGAACUUGAGGCAAGACAGUACAGGAUCGACCUUGAGGUCAUGACCUGCCUUGACCCUGGCAGCUGCCAAUCCUGUGGUCAUGUGAUGCAGAACUCUGUCUUCCCAAAACCAACAUGUGACACUGAAGCAAGCUGCGAGCUGGAUGCAUCCAACCCAGGCCUUAGUGUAACAGCCUACCUGAACAGUUUCGGAGCUGACACCACAGACGCUGUGGCAGAGGAAGCCCUUGCAAACAUAUACCAGUGCCAGGGAAUCCCCUACAUGAUGACUGAGUCUUGCACCGCACAGGCAGACAACUGUUGGUGGACCUCUUCCUUCUCAAAUGGGACAGACUGUGGGGCUGAUAACAGCUGUACAGGCAUCACUUGCUGCCAUGAGUUUGACUACAAGAUCAUCACAAAACGUCUCAGUGUCCACUUUGACAUCGACCCGUGUACGUACGUCGUGUCCCACGGAAUCGGCAGCCAGACUUUCACCCACAACUUCUUUGACUUCCCCUGGGGCCAGGAGCAGCAAAUUAGGAUCGAAAAAGCUUUCUUCAUCAGGUACACAGUGGCAGAUGAAGGCACCAACUACAGAGUGAGCUACUUCGUGGCCCAGUGUAGGGAUGACAUGUGUCAGAACGGAUGGGACCUUCUGUCUGAUGCGUUCAUCACCAAACGACAGUGCACAGCAGAGACAUGUAGUGCUCUUCAACUGCCAGGUGACAGCAGCCUGUCUGGCUUUGCCUCAGAGAUGGGUGGAACUGUGAAUGAUUAUGUGAUGGACGCAGUCUUCUGUAAACUGAACAUGAGGGACCAGCUUGGUGCAGAGGAGUGCUCUCUCCAGCCUAGCGGGGUUGGACCAUCAGAGUGCUCCAGUAUCGCACUUCCAGAUGUUCCUGGGCUACACUGUGAGAUCAACCCAGGUUGUCUUGGCUUCAACUGUUGUAUGGAGAUUGACCUAAGGGUGAAGACCUGGAGUUUUAAGAUGGGGGUUACUUAUGACCCUGUGACAUACAAGGUGGAAGCAGCUGUUGGAAACAGAAAACACGACUUUGAACCAUUCCUGUAUCCAUGGGGAGAGGAGCAGAGUGACACUGUUGGUCCAAUCACUGUCAAGUACAAUGUUGACUACCCUGCUGGUGGAGACUGUAACUCCAUGAAGUUUAGCAUGGAACUUGAUGUCACCAUUGAUGGGACCAGGGAACCCAACAUGCCUCUCACCAUAGAGGCCACCUCUGCCCACCCAUUGGUGGAUGCUCCAUAUGUCCUUCCAGACACCGUAGACAGCUUCCUUACAGAGGAAACCAGAAACCCACUGAAAGAACAGGCAGUGUUCCGCUCCCUGGGGACAUCUGACCUGUUCUGUCUGGAUGCCUGUAGCCACAGUGUUCAGGCAACAGUCCCUGACACCUGUGUGGAACAGAACACCACCCUCCCAAGUGAACCAGGCAACCUCACAUGCAGCUACACUGACCAAUGCAGCAGUGCCGAAUGCUGCUUGUCUGUAGACUUCAAGACUGGACGUAGGUCCUUCAGUGUGUGGUACCAGGUUGAUGUGAACUCCUAUGAACUGUCUGUCGGACUGGGUAGCUAUGUCUUCACUUCCAGUUUGUUACUGCCAUUAAAUGAGGACAAAGAGGAACCUAUUGGCGAUGUCUUCAGGAUAAGGUACAACAUUGAGAGCAUGACAGAAGAUCAACAGUACAAGGCCAACUUGAGGGUUAUCUUCAACACUGGGGAUGGAGAUGAAGAGUUCAUCCUCCUGGACAACAUCCUCCUUCCAGAAGCAGCACUUGAUCCAGAUGUUCCCUUUACGAUUGAAGGUGUUUCUGCACAUCCAAUGGCUUUCUAUCCUCUAAGCACACAACUGGGUGGAAUGGAUGUAACAAAGACUGCAGACAAUGCCGUCCUCCAAGGAACAACCUCCGGUACAGGACUCAACAACGAAGACGGUGGGUCUCAGACCCUACAAGUGACUGCAGACUCUCCAGCAUACGUAGACUUCCCAAACGAUGGCAACCUGGAGUCAAGAUCUUCCAUAACCAUACUCGCAGCCAUUCGUCCGAGUACGCUUGACCAGUCUGCACCAAUCUUUGACUACACAGGAGGCAGUGUGGGUCCUGAUGUCCACGGUUUGUACCUCUGGCUUUCACCAAAUGGGACUCUGAGUGCAAACCUCAAGAUGCAGACCCUGGCUGGCGUACAAGAUGUGAUGUUUCAGUCGGAAGAAAACGCAGUGACGGCGGGAGAAUGGAACUUUGUCGGCAUCUCCUACGACAAUGUCACCGCAAGAGGAUACCUGUGGGUGGACGGUGAAGUUGUCGGGGAGGUACGACACCAGCCGGGAUUGCUCGCAACGGACACUAAUGCGAGGGCAGGGUACGCGGAAGACGCUGAUGGGAACAGUUAUGCCUUCAGUGGGAACCUGGCCUGUGUACAAGUCUGGAACAUUUCCCUGACUGGUCAACAAGUAGGAGAAGCCAUGAACUUCUGUCCAUACUCUGGAUCUUUCUCUAUAACAGCCUGGCCAGAGACAGUUGCAAAGUUCCUCCAGUCUGUCCACUAUGAUCCUGCGGUAACUGGACCAAUCACUGACACCAUGACCAAGGCUGUGUUCCGCCAUUACGACAUGUACAACUACCUGCAGCAGGAUGAGUGUGACACUGCAUCCCUUACUGCAACGGUCUGCCCUGACCUGUCCUUGAAACAAGACGACACAGUAUUCCUCCAGCCGGCUGACCAAUGCCUUGGAGUCCACGGCUGCAUCAAGCUGGACUAUGCAGUGAAAUCUUACUCCUUUGACCUAUCAUUUUCUCUUGACCCCAACACCUUCACUGUAUUAUACAGUUUUGGUGGGCAACAGUUCAGUGCAGAUCUCUUUGAAGUGGCCAAUGGAGAAGUACAAACCCAGCGCAUCAGUAGCAGUAUUGAACUGAAAUGGACUGCCCGUCCCCUGGUGUUUGGUGAACUCAUCAGUGUGAACCUUGACCUCCACUUUGCCACAGACAACCACCUGGUUGUCCACAGUAUUCUGAAGAAUGUCAGCCUACCCAACAAGGCUAUCGAGCAGUCUGAUGCAUCAACAUUUGCAAAUGUCCUGUCAAAGGUAAAGAAUUUCCCAGCAUCCUUAGCUGAGGCGGAGUAUCUUUCGUUCACUGGGUCGCAGCUUGGAAUAGAUGCAGCAAUUCUUCGACAACCAAGUUUGUGGGAGGAGGAACUGACGAUGCCAACCUUUACUGCUGGUAGUAACUGCAUCUUGAAAACUGUGGCAGAGAAUGUUGCUGAGUUGUCCAACAAUAUGGUCUCAUGUGUGGCUCUGGAACACUGCGUGGGGAUCCAAUGUCAAGCAAGUGUUGACCUGAAAGUCGUUCAACCCGUCUUCCUGGUCUCGCUGAAGAUCAACCCCUGCUUGCCGGACGUUGGCACGACAAUCAGGUUUGAAAACGAGCAGCGCUACCUGAAUUUCAGCUCUACGUAUGACGUUUCGGAGGGACCUCUGGAGACCCUUGACUUUGGAGACCACAUCAAGCUGCAGUACAGUGUUCUACGUGGGCCUGACCAGACCUUUGUCACAACUUUGAACCUAUUGAUGUGUGUGAACAACAUCUGUGCUGUGAACGUCCCCAUCUUGGAUGAGCUCAGCAUCCCCAGGCCUCCCUACUGCACUCGCAGGCGAAGGGAUCUCCAAGCCUCAGAGGAAGCCAUGACGUUGGUGAAAACUCCAAAAUUCGUCCCCCUUAUGAUCCACACCUUGGGAAAUGGGCUAGAGGUUCAGGCAAAGGAGUGCAAGCACACACUUCAUGUGAACUAUGACCCAAAAGCUCCAGAGUGUCCAGGUCUACCCCAGAUGUGGCAUCACCACAAGAAGUGCCUGCCGUACAGAAACUGUCGUGGUGUCUCCUGCUGUGUCCACCUGGAUGCUGACCACUCAGACCUCAUGAGCCACGUCAGCCUGGACACGGACAUGUGUGGCCGACACCUGACCAUUCGGGUUGGCAACUGGUCAUUCACCGAGACCAUUCCAAAGGCACACAAGAGGUUCUCGCAAAAAGCGAAAAUUGGAGAAGCUGUGCAAGUCUUCUACGCUGCCAUGAACCCCGAUGGUCAGAGAGUUGUGGUGGAUUUCAAACUGCACGUAUGUGACCACGAAGCAGACGAACAACACUGCCACAAAGUAGUAAUCCUAAAGAAUGCCGUCAUUCCCCUGUUUGCUUGUAGAGAAGAGAAACUGAUUGGUGACACAGCCAGAGCCUCUUCUCUUCGAUACAAAGGAAAGGCAGCAAAACGAAUCCCAGACCCAACGACAGCAGUCCAGAUGGUUGAGCCAGCCGGCAAGUUCAAGGCCUUAGCAGCCUACAGGAAGCAACAAGAAGCUAUAAAAAUGCACCACAGCCUGGUAAAGAGGUCUACUACCGCAACUAACCCUGUCAUGAACAUGACGUUCUUGGACAUCAGAAAGACGUUGGACUUAAACAACAUCGACCCAAUCCUCGCAUUCAACCUUCUUAAGAGCAUGAAGGAACUGCUUGCAGACCUUGUGAAUGAAGCUAUUGACCUGCUGUUGAGCAAGAGUGUGGAAGACAUCUUUUCUUCCUUUGAUAUCACCUUGAGAGGCUCGUUUGACUUCCCAAAGAAGACCAUCGUGUUUUUCGAGUACCGCUGGAAUGUCCUAGUUGGUGGUCUUGUGCCAAUGCAAUUUGGGUUUGGUGCAGAUGGGUAUUAUGGGAUGGACUGCUUUGUGGCUGCCAAGGUUAUGACCAUGACACUCCAAGGUGGUGUGACCCCCUAUGUUGGGAUCACAGUGUGGGGGGAGAUGGGGGUUGGUGCCAUCAUGUACGCAAAGCUACGUCUGGAGGGAGACAUCAUGCAAACUCGCUUCCCAACCGUGGCGGAGAUCAUAUUCAGCAAGUUCCCAUUUGACAUUGGGCUGACACUGGAUGUUGAGCUGAUCCCUCUGGAGUUGCGUCUGAAGGCCCUGGUCACAGUUGAGGUCUCGAUCCCGCUGAUCGGAACCAUUAAAGAGACCCUGUUUGAAGCCUUACUGUGGCAAUUCACAACCCAGACUAUCACUGAACGCAUCCUGGACCUCAGUACAAAAGAGGAAGAUGAGUCGCCACCACAGAUAGAACCACCUGUUGGCGGAGGCUCUUCAACGGGACAAUGUGUCGUGGAGCAGAUACCUGGCUUGGACUACACGGAGCCAGCGUUUGAGAUAGAGGUCGCCGCCAACGACGACAGGUCACCCGCCAACCUGUUCUACAGUGUGGGGACGUCACCAGGGGAGUCUGACGUUGUUGAAAAGGAGACAUUGGGAGGAUCUGUCACUCAAAUCAAACAGGACUUGGUGUAUGGUGUUCCACUUCACUUCAUCGUCCAUGCCUGUAACACUGGUGGUCAGUGCUCUCAGGCCACCUGUAGUCUGCCCACCUACGACAACACUCCAACUACAGGCAAGAUUGAAGUGGACUACUUCUCCACAAGUGAUCCGACCAAGUUGAGUGCGGCUGUGAAGUUGCACGAUGAUUCAGCGCUGACUGGUCAGAGAUGGGCGUUGGGCUAUGGUCAGGGAGUCUGGGGGGACCAGAUAGGAGAGUGGAGAUCCUUCACCAUCAAAAAGAGCACCACAAGCUCUAGUGGCUUGGCUGCCUUCACCGCUCCAAGGGAAGGUCGUCUUGGAGUGGAUGCCUUCAAGGUCAUGGCCGGUAAGGACGCAAACAAUGUACCUUACACUCCUGAGAGGUGUGCCACUGAGUGUCUGAAGUACACCGACGUGAUCUGUAAGAGCUUCAACUUCGACUACGAUGAGUCCAAAACCUGUGAGCUGUUGGGAGAGAUUGAAGCUGUGGGACAGAAGGGUGGAGCACAAGUGCAAAUUUCUGGCCGGUUCCACUUCUAUGAGAGGUUGGGUGUUGGCCACACUGCCGCCCUCUCUCUGGAUGGUCUGGAGCUGAUUCACAAUCAGCUGUACUUCUUCAACGUAGAGGCAGACAACAGUUUGGAAUACCUUGGGCAGAUUGCAUCAAGGGGAAUCCUGGCAGACUUCACCCCACCAGAUCCUGGAUUUGCAGGAGACGUUCUCAGUGAUGAGACUUCCUACGAGGCUUGUCACGACAAGGUGGUGGGAAAAUGGCACCAGAACAGAUGUGAGACGUCUACAUCACGACUCCCCAAUCACAGGAUUAUUCAGGAUGGACCAACGUCCAGGACUAUAUCCAAUGGUAUGAAGCAUCAGGUUGGAGGGUACUACACCAGGGCCAACACUUUCAUCUCAAUAAGCUUUGAUGGAAUCCAUGACGAUGAGACCGGGAUCUACGGCUACUCCUGGUGCGCAGGAGUGGAGUACUGUGACUGUAUGAUCCACCCACACCACGACCCACAUGACCACCUGUAUGACAGCUCAGAGUGGACGCACACUGGAACCAUCUACCCGAUUCCACCUGCACCCACUGUGGUCAAUGGCAUUCUGCCUGACAGAAGAUACUAUCUCAGUAUUCGUGCAUUCAACAACGUUGCCCACGGAGGAACCAUGUCGCUCACAGUCUGCCACACAUCUCCCUACGGCAUUGACAACACCCCGCCAGUAUUCCAUGGUCUCACUGGAGUCGAAUUUGACAUUGACACAAAUGACCUUCAGAUUUCCUACAAUGCAAGUGAUGAACAGUCGGCUGUUGUGGAGGCGGACAUCGGACUGGGCCUCACCAAGUUUGAUGUCUUGGUGAUGAACUGGGAACGCCACAACCACACCGGCACCAUCGAGAUCAACCCGACCAUCGAAGACGGAGUUCCCGCGUGGCCUAAGAUAAGGGCAGUUAAUGGAGUAUACCUGAUGACAGUGGGUACAGCUGAUGUGCCUAUAGUCAUUGACGGGUCUGCACCCAUUGGUGGAGAUGUUUUUGAUGGGAGUGAUUAUGGAGAAGAUCUAGACUGGACAUCAGAGCUGAAUGAGGUGUGUGCUAACUGGAAGGACUUCUAUGAUCCCGAAUCCGGACUGAAGAUCUACUGGUGGGGUGUCGGCACCACCCCAGGUGAAACUGAUCUGAUGGCCUUCGAGUCCGUCGACACGAGGACCCACCAAGCCUGUGCCAACCUUGCCACACCACUGGUGCACAUGUCUAAGUACUACACCACAGUAGUGGCCGUCCAUGGAGGAUACAGGGGAAUGAACGUCUCAGUAACAAGCAAUGGCUCCCAAGUGGACUUGACUCCACCAGAAUCUGGUUGGUUUGUUGAUGGAAACAGUGAGGAAACAGAUGGUAAUGGUGUUCCCAUUGACCUUGAGUUCACCUCCGAGCCUGCAAGAGUCGACGCCCAAUGGGGAGACUUCUUAGACCCAGAGUCUGGCGUUGACGAGUUUACGCUGUCCAUCUAUAGGAGGCAACUUAAUGGUGAUGGCAUAUAUGGAGAUGACCAGCUCAUGCAUGGCCCUGAUGACAUUGACAAGAGCCAACGAGCUGCCAACUUCUUCCACUUCCACCUCAUUCAUGGUGAUGUUGUCUGGAGCAAACUCACAGCCAUCAAUGUUGCUGGAGGUGUGACGGAGGCGUUGACUGAUGGCUUCAUCGUGGACCUGACUCCUCCUGUGUUUGACUACCUGGUGGACAUCUGGGACGGGGAUUCCACAACAGAUACAGACAGGGACUUCCAGACGAACCAAGAUUCAUUUUCAUCGGGCUGGGGUUUCCUUGACAAUGAGUCUGGACUGGACCACUUCAAGAUGGCCAUCUUUGAGACCCUACAUGGUACCAAACAGCAGAUCUUCCCAGAUGACACCUGGGAGUUGCUCUACCCUGCAACCCUUGACCAUCACAAGGUGAGUGGUCUGAGCCUGAGCGCGGGAGCCCUGUACCAGACCAGGGUGGCGGCCGUCAACAGGGCGCUGCUCUCUGCCGCUUAUGACACCGAUGGAGCCAUUGUCGACCCAUCACCACCUGUGAUCCUGUAUGUGCGUGUGGGAGUACUGGAUGGAAGUGAGGAGGAGAAGAUAGAUGGUUAUGUGUGGCAGGCUGACCCUGAGGGCAUCCAAGCCUCCUGGAAAGCUCUGGAUCCAGAGAGUCAGAUCAAGGACUAUUGGGUGUGCAUUGGCACAAGUUCUGGGUCAUGCAAUGUACUUGACUACCAGAACAUGGGCUCAGAAGAAGCAGGUUACAUCAAUGGUCUCAGCCUCACCCUGACGGACUGGAACAGCAAGACUCCUGUGUACUACGUCACAGUGAAGGCCAGGAAUGGCGCCAACUCCUUCUCCGACACCACCACGUCUACUCCCGUCUUUGUCGUGGACAGGGACAAGGCUGGUUACAUCACAGAUGGAGCAGAGGAGGGUGUCGACAUAGACUAUCAGAAGGAUGACAUCACUCUCAUGGCACACUUUUCAGGUUUUGAGAGCCAGUUGAAUGGUAUAGCUCACUACCUGUGGGCUGUGGGUACCUCCAGUGGUGAGGAUGAUGUCCAACCCUUCCUGUCUGCUGGGAUCAUUCUUAAACCUGAGGACCAAGUCAGGGGUGGAGGUCUGGGUGGUAGUGGGAAAGCAAGAGCUAUCCUCUCCCUUGCCUGUGGCACUGCGUAUUAUGUGACCAUCCGUGCAGUCACUGGGGCCGGGGACAUUCUGGAGUCCUACUCUGAUGGCGUCACUGUGGUCUGCAGUAGGCCAGUGGUCGACAUCACACGUAUCGGUGUAGAUCUCUCUGGUGGUAAUACGGCUGUAGCAGCAGGUGAAACAACCUACAGACAGGAUAAGGAUGCCCUGAGUGCUGCUUGGGAAGUCAGUGAUGCCACCUGCCCGGUUACAUCCGGCUGGUACCAGUUUGGUACUGUUCCAUCCGGUUCCAGCAUCCGGUCACCAACCAGCUACGAUCCAAGCUAUGGGAACAAGGCAGCCAUCACACCAGUUGGUGCAGGUAUGCCCAACAUCCUGACAGUCUCUGCAGAAAACGCAGCAGGCAUCAGUGGCUUCUCCAUCAGCAGUAGUGUCAUCAUUGAUGAGACUCCUCCAGACAUUGGAACUGUGACCUGUCCUGAGUACCUACCCGGUGCUUCCACGGAGAUCUAUUGCACCUGGGCUUUCUUUCUUGAGUUGGAGAGCAGGAUAGACAGAUUUGAGGUGAGGAUUGGUACAAUGGAAGGCAAGGAUGACACCAUGGGUGCAGUGACGCUUGAGGGCAGUAGGUCUGACUACAGAGCCACAGGGCUCAUCCUGGAUGACACGCACCAGUACUAUGUCACAGUGACAGCUUACAACAGCGUAGGUCUGAAGACAGAUGCCUACUCCGGUAGCAUUGUUGUCGAUGCCUCUCCACCAGUGACUGGAGUUGUAGUGGAGCUUUCUGAUCUCAACACUGUCAGCUUCAGUACUGAAGCCAGCCCUGUGUCAAACUGCACUGGAGAUGAAUGUACUUUGGCAAAGGAUGCACUCUGCCAGAAGUCUCUCACACAAGUGACUGCGGAAUGGACCCCCUUCAGUGAUCCGGAUUCUUCCAUUGACAAGAUGGAGCUUGCCAUAGGCAGCACACCAGGAGCAGGUGAUGUGAGGAAGUACAGGGAGGUAGAGGUGAACCCCAGCGGACCCAUCUCUAUUGAAGGGCUGGAUCUCACUGAGGUUUCACAGGUGUUUGUUGCAGUAAAGGCUUACAACAAGGCAGGCUUGACUACAGUAGCCAUCUCCAAUGGUGUAUACAUCAGUAAGGACUCCAGAGGUUUGGUAUAUGAUGGAGAGAAUGCUGGACAAGACCUAGAGUACCAGACAUCCUUGAACACUUUGUAUGCGAGCUGGGACUUCAGUGGAGACCCCUGUCCUAUCGCAAACUACGAGUGGGCGAUCACCAGGGUGGAUGAAACAGUCGUACAGGACUUCACAGAUGUCGAUGUGAACACCUGGAGCUCCAAUGACAACCUGCAAAUGACAGACGGGGAGACCUACUACGUCACAGUGAAGGCAACCAACAUACAGAACAUCACGAGGAUCGAACGGUCCAAUGGAAUAACUGUCCAGAGAGAGCCACUCAUCCCAGGACUUGUGCGGGAUGGACCAGUUCCUGGAUAUGACCUCAACUUCCAGAUAGCGGAUGACGAAAUCUCGGCCAACUACGACGGCUUUGGCGUGGACCGCAGCAGCAUCAACGCUGUGUCCUCUGGCAACCCUUCAGUUGAAAAAACAGAGGAGGAAUCUGCACACCAGGCAGUCGACUACUAUGAAAUUGCAGUUGGAACGGACCGACUGUACAAGUCUACCCGCAACAACAUCAUUGACUUCACCAAUGUGGGGCUGAACAAAACCUGGACCUUCUUCUUCGUGGAGAAUCUGGUCCCAAAGACUGGGAUCUACUAUGUGACUGUGCGAGCCUCCAGCGCUAACUACGCCCAGGUGGAGGUCACCUCUAAUGGGAUCAGGGUGGGCUGUGAUGGUGGUGUCACAGCUGGUGAUGUAACAGUGCCAGCCUUCAUCAACUCCCCGUCCAAAGUACUGGUGGAAUGGUCCAAUUUUGAAACAGAAGCAGAAGGCAUUCACCUGAACUUCGUUGGCAUCGGGCACAAGACUGACAACACCACAGCCUACCAGGAUGUACAUGCACUGCAUUGCAAGGACAUGAUGGACACAAACAGUGAAGUGUACGCAUCUCUCAACACCGACUUUUUCACCACCCUGGACUGGACUGUGGUUGACAAGGACACCUUCUACAAGGCAGAGGGGUUAGACUUUCAGCAUGAUGAAGACUACUUUGCUACUGUCGUAGCCAUGGAUGUAACUGGUGAAUGUAACAAGACCACAGCAACAUUCCAUGUGGAUCUCACAGAUCCAAUAGAGGGAAGACUGAGAGCUGGUCCAUUGUAUGAUAUGGUAAUGACAUAUGUGGACAGCUCUGAGACCUUUGCGGUCAACUGGGAGGACUACUUGGACCCAGAGAGCGGCAUUGCCUCCUAUGAACUGGCCCUGUUCAAGGCAGCAUCUUGUGCUGUGGAAGAUGAAGAUUCCUUGUCAGUUGAGGUAGACUGGAUCCGGCUAAACAACUCCUACAGAUCCUAUGCGUUUGUGGAACUAGAACUAAGGACCAACAUCCCUUACUAUGUCCACCUGAGGGUGACCAACAAUGCUGGGUCGUCCAUCCUGACUGUGUCCGCCCCCAUCAUCUAUGACCUGUCCAAAAUCUCCAUCGGUUCCCUGGUGGAUGGGCACAACUAUACUGAAGACCUGGAGUACCAUGGAGACAACACAAUACUGCCAGGUAUGUUCCUGCACCUUGCGGACCCAGGGGCUGAAGAGUGUCCCCGGACCCCCUCCCCCUUUACUGACGGGACCUGGCAGGAAGUCACCACCGACAAGCUAUGGGGAAUGUGCCAGGACACAUCCAACUGUUGGAAUGCCACCUUCAGGGCUAAACAGGUUAAGAUAUCAGAAAACGGUGAUGAUAUAAAGAUCACCAUGAUUCGGGAUGUCCAGAAACCACAGCUGUACACUGGUGCCAUAUACAGGCCUGCUGAUAUGCAGAAGGGUGGGACUUAUCAGGUUGACAUCCGAGCUGCUUCAGGCAUAGCUGUUACCAAUGUGCUGUUCUACACUGGUCCUGACGGUACUGUGGGGGACUUCAACUACUGCAUGGACUGCUGCUUGAGUGAUAGCGACUCUAAGUAUUGCCCAACCUGUACCUGCAGUAGGUACACGGUGGUAGAAGAGCCUGAACCUGAGACUCAGGACACGAGUACGGCAGCAUCAGACGCCCCGCCCUUCGCGGUCAUUCCAGAUCCGGUGUCCGGAGAGACUUACGAGGGAGACGAGAACGAACGAUUUGUCACCCAGAGUGCCUGCGGCAUGCAGAUCCAUCCCUCGGGGACGUCAAACUCAAAGCUGAUUCUGUGGUGCCGAUACCACAAUGAUGUGUACAAUCCCACGUACAAGGACGUCUACCUGAACUUUGACCCAUCAAGACAAUGGUACACCUACAAAUUUGUGUUCAAGCGAACAACUUGGGAAAGUCUGGAGGACUGGUCCUUAGAGCUGUACAUAGAUGACCAGAUGUGGGCCAUGAUUUCCGGGCUCCCUGCCUUCAACGACACCACCAAGCUCAUGUUCAGCAUGUGGAACAAGGAUAACCAGGUGCCAGAACUGGAGGACAAGUUCAACCCAUUUGAAACCUACGCUUAUUUCCGAAGAGUCAUACUCCCCCCACCCAGUGAUGUACUGUGCAGAUAUGGCCGCCCGUGGAGAGGCAACACUGCACCAAUCAUCAAGUACUACGGAGGGGUGAUGUCGGAAGAUGUGAAUGGCACUGCGUACCAAGUCGUGGACUUCAGAGAGAUCUACGACCCAUGUAUCGCGUGUCUGGAUGGAUGCAGCAGGUUUGCCUGUGACCCCACAUGUGACGGCCAGGCUAGUGAGAACAUCGAGGUCAAGUUCAACCUGACCGACCUCGCCCUCCCCACCACCAGAACAGUCACAGAUGAGGAUGGGGAGGAGGAGACCUAUGCCAUCCCUUACAAACUCAUAGUGAGAGCCUUGUCUGCAAAGGGCCAGACUGUGAACACUACUUCUAAUGGCUUCUACAUUGACAUGACCCCUCCAACGUUGGAGUCAUCGUUCCACUUUGAUAAGGCACAGGGUGACAAGCCAACAUCCUACCAACAGUCCAAUGACACCAUCAAGGCUUACUGGAGGUUCACAGACUCAGACAGUGGAAUCAAGGAAAUCUUCUGGGCCAUAUUUGACAAUGAUGGCACACAGCUUCAGGACUACGAAUCUGUGGGAAUCAACCAGACUGCAGAGAACAGCACCUUGGCAGGUCGACUUCUAAACAACCACACCUGUUAUGUAGCCUUGAAGGCUGUCAACAAGGCAGGACUUAUUGGGACUGGUACUACAUCAGGUGUUACAGUACAGUUACUGCCACCAGACAUUGAUAUAGAGACCACUGCACUCGGAACUGCAGAAUUUGACACGCCAACGACACCUGUCGCCAAGAAGAGCAGCAACGGAAAAGAAUGUGGAGUUUCUUUCCAGAAACCAACGGAUGAAGGAAUAAACAAAACAUUGGUGGGCAUUAAAUUGUGUGGUGAAGAUGGUGAGUUCACGGUUCCCUACAUCCAAGUUGCGACCAACGGCGCGGGUACGGUCGCCAUCAGGGACGGCCACCUCUACAUUUCUGACGUGGUGGUGGCCAACGUGUCGGCCCUCCCCAAACCCAUUGACCUAGCCUGUUUUGUUGAAGCUGAGACCAAGCCCAGCACAUCGGAUGUAGAGGCACAGAAGUCUGCCUCCAGUUACAUGGAGGCUAAUCCUAACGCAAAAGACAGCGUCUCACAGUGCAGUUCAUCAACUCCUUCUGCAUCUGGCACCAACUACAACAUUCCACCAGGAUCAUGUACCAUGAACUGUGUGAAGAUGUGUUAUCCUUCAAACCUCUGCACUGAGUCAUGUAAUGGACCCAUCAUCACCCUAGCUGAUGGGGAUGAAGCUGUGACAGCUGAGCCAGGCCAGCCCCUGAGUGCCAGCAGUGCAGAUCUCAGGAGGAGAAGGAAGAGGUCCACUCCAGAUGACUAUGACUUAACAAUAACAGCCAUGGGUGAGGUGUCCCCUGGAGUCACCCUAGCUUUUGGGAUGUUGGAUGAUGCUCGGAUCGCUGAAGAGUACGGCUCAGAUGCCUCCGAUGACUUCAUCCCCUACAUCACUGAUCCUGCACUCACUAUAGAAGCUAACAUGACAUCCCGGUACCUACUGGGAAGGAUCAAGACCAUCAUGAACCCCAGUUUCUACCUGACGACAGUGGGCCAGGUGGAGCUGAACGACUCCCUCGCCAUAACAACCACCUUUGACCCCUCUGCCAACUGGACAGAACUCACGCAGUUGUUGAUCUUUUGGAACAAAGACUUGGAUGAAUGGGAUGAUGCCUCUCGUACCUGUAAUGAACAUGGACAGACAGAGGUGGAUGAAGUUGCCGGGACUCUGACAACAUAUGUCUGUUCCACUAACUACCCAACCCGACGUAGCCAGAGAACCAGGAGGUCCACAGACUCCAGUGUGCACUACUUCAGCAGGGAGACUCAGUUUGCUGUGGUCAUCGCUCUGAAGGGGAUCCCCAACGAACCUCCAGAGUUUACAUCAACUCUGCAAGUUUGGAUGGAGGAAGAUUCUGGGACCCUGAUGUACUGGAUUGAAUCAGAUGAUGCUGAUGGUGAUGACCUGAUCUAUGGGAUAGUCCCUGGGGAAGUGGCACAGUUUGGAACUAUCUCUCUGUCUGAGGAUGGACUCCUGCAAUACAAGAACUUCAAGGAGGAGUGGGGAUUUGACAAUCUCACCAUCUUCAUCCGAGAGAACCGUACGGACGAUGACAUCAUCCCUGCCCUGGAGACCCAGGCUCUCCUCAGCAUCGAGGUCAUCUUCGUGAAUGACUGGCCGGAGUUCUCAGUGGAAAUAGAUGGACAGAUGAGACUUGUGACUGAGAACAAUACGCUCGAGGUAACUGUUGAACAAAACAUUGAGACCAACAUCUACUACCAGCCGUACCAGAUCGUAGUGACAGUGUGGGACCCUGAUAACUACGACACACUUCAGGUGGAACAGUACAACGCAACGUUUGGAACAGCAUAUGUCCAACUGUUGGAACCAGAUCCUGCAGAGAUCCCAGCAGAAGGAACCUUCAUCAAGGCACAGGUGACGUACGUCCCCAUAGAGAACUUCUACGGCCAUGAUGAGUUUAUCCUGAUCGGCAUCGAUGCUGCAGGGGCGUACUCAGAGCGCCUGAUCUUUGACAUGCACAUUCUCAACAUGCCUUGUGUCAACAAUGCUACCUGCAGAGGAAUCGAGGAUGACUGGAACUGCACACACACCAAACGUGCGGAUGGAUACGAUGGAUAUGAGUGUGAGUGCCUUCCCGGCUGGGUGGGGCGCUACUGUGAGACAGACUUUGAUGAGUGUGUGUCCAGUCCAUGUCCAUGGCCAAAGGAGUGUCACGAUGGGCUUGACCACUACUGGUGCCAAUGUCCAGACUCCAACCCCAACUGUGAGGUACUGCCUCCCUGGGCUAUUGCUCUCAUUGCCUUGUCUAUCGCUGGAUCAAUAGUUGCAGGGAUUUCCUACUACAGAUACAGGGAGCUCAAGAAACGAUACCACAUCAAGAAACUCAACAAAACCCUGGAGGAUGAACCAGAUCAGACAAAACCAAAAGAGACAUUCAUCAAAAAGGAACGCCUGCCUUCAGAGGGUAUCCUUGGGCCCAUGGCUGUGCUGGGCGAAGAUGCUGUCAAGAAGCCAGCCCCAAGACCACCAGCCCCACAAGGACCUACUGGCUUCAGCAAGGCCGAUGCUGCAACCAAGAGGCUUCAGCCGGCUGCAGCAAUGGAGCCCAUGCGGAGGUCUCCCCUCAGCUUCAACCCACGGCGUAACUCCAUCGGCGUUGUUGAAGGAUCGGGAACCUUCCUUUCAGUGCCAUCGUCGGAUGUACCAAGGCGAGCAUCAGACAGUAGUGUUAUCGAGAAGGUACCCGAGGAGACAGCGUUCGCUCCCACCCCCGAACCGGCGAGGAUCCCGACCCCAGUAACACCCACUAAUGUGGAACUCAUCACAGAUGAACUGGCAGAGAAACGACAGAUGGCCUUACAGCAUGCCAAACAACGGUUCGCCAGGCCAGCCAUUGGAGAUGGGAACGCUGCUGAAGGUCCCAACCGAUUUGCUCAGACUGAUGCUGCUAUUGCCAGACUUCCGCGAGGACCUGGACACAAGAGGAGGGACCCGAGCAUGUGGGAAUGAUGAGCUGUUUAACAACAUACAGAAGACUAGUUAUGAUUUAUUAUUUUACUGCUGUGAUGUGAAAAUGUCUUGUUUUUGUUCAUUUCAUCCCAAAGAAUUAGUUGUAAAUUUCUGAUCAUUAUUUUUUGUCAAGUGUUAAGUUUGAAUGAUUAUUAACGUUUGGUUUAUCAAGCGUGUUAUUUUGCAAGAAGAAUAUCCAGAAAUUUGCCAAAUUCCAAACUUUUGUGUACAAAAGUAUUUUUGUUGGUUUUAUUCAUCUGAAUUUGGAAUAUUAUUGCACUACCUUUGAAGCACCACGCACAAUGAUUUUAGGACGUUAGUGGAAAUUUGUUAAAUGUUUGCUUAUUUGGUGUGUAAAUUCAUUGCCGUGUUUUAUCAUGCUUACUCUGAAAUGUGGAAAAGACAUGUCUAGCCAAUACUAUAGACAGCUGGACGACCUGAUCAAAUUUAUUAUUGAAUACAUUAUUGUGUUCAUUGAAUCUAUUUUUAUAAGCCUUACUUUAUCUUACUUGAAUACCUCAUCAGCUGUCUGCUUUACUGGUUUGAGUUGGUUCAAUAAAAAUACAGUGUGAACUUU